UAUUCGGUGACCCCGUCCCCCGCACCGCCCCUCCCCUUUUUCUCCUUUUCACCCCCCCCUUGCAAAGUGACUCUGCCAUGGCCUCAGUGCGCUUCACGGUGACGCCCACCAAGGCGGAGGACCUCCCCGGGCUGUCCGACACGUCGCCCGACAUCAGCUCCCGCUCCGGCGCUCGCGUGCGCUUCGGCUCCAGGGAGAGCGUCAACCGGAGCGACCCGCUCAGCGAGGCCUGGGGGGGCCCGGCGACCACGGCGGGCGGGGCCCACACGCCGGACCACAGCAGCGUGGAGCAAGGCGAUGGAAACUCAAAGAUCUCCAGCGUGUACAUCAACAACACCCACGGCGGGGAUGACGACGACUUCUACGACAAGAACCUGGCCUUAUUUGAGGAGGAGAUGGACACGCGGCCGAAGGUGUCGUCUCUGCUCAACCGCCUGGCCAACUACACCAACCUGACGCAGGGGGCCCGGGAGCACGAGGAGGCCGAGAACAUCGGCGAGAAGAAGAAAGCCGGCAAGUCGCCCCAGAUGGGGACGUUCAUGGGCGUCUACCUGCCCUGCCUCCAGAACAUCUUCGGCGUCAUCCUCUUCCUGCGGCUCACCUGGGUGGUGGGAAACGCCGGCGUGCUGCAGGGCCUCUGCAUCGUCUUCAUAUGCUGCUGCUGCACGCUGUUGACGGCGAUAUCGAUGAGUGCGAUCGCCACUAACGGAGUCGUUCCAGCGGGAGGCGCCUACUUUAUGAUCAGUCGCUCUCUGGGUCCAGAGUUUGGGGGGGCGGUGGGCCUUUGCUUCUACCUGGGCACCACCUUCGCCGGAGCCAUGUACAUCCUGGGAGCCAUCGAGAUCCUGCUGAUGUACAUCGCACCCAAGGCGGCCAUCUUUGAGUCCAAGCACCCUGACGGCGAAGGGGCGGCCAUGCUGAACAACAUGCGGGUGUACGGCUCCGUCUGCCUCCUCCUGAUGUCCCUGCUGGUGUUUGUGGGCGUGAAGUACGUCAACAAACUGGCCUCCAUCUUCCUGGCCUGCGUCAUCGUCUCCAUCGUCUCCAUCUAUGUCGGCGCGCUGGUCUCCGCCUUCAAACCGCCCAGUUUCUCCGUGUGCAUGCUGGGGAAGCGGACCAUCAGCGGACACCAACUCUGUGACGGCCAGUGUUCGAAAACCUUCCUGCAGGAGAUGACGGGCCCCACGUAUAUUUGGGAGCAGUUUUGCCAGGGACCCGAAGUCAACGCCUCCUGCGACGAGUACUUCCUCUCAAACAACUUUUCCCGGAUCAACGCGAUCCCCGGUCUGGCCAGCGGGAUCAUCUCAGAGAACCUGUGGAGCUCGUACCUCAGCCGAGGGGACGUGGUGGAGAAACGCUCCCUGAGCUCCUCCCGUGACGCGCAGCCGGCCUCCAUCGAGCAGCCGUACGUGUUCGCGGACGUCACCACCUCCUUCACGCUGCUGGUGGGCAUCUUCUUCCCCUCGGUCACAGGAAUCAUGGUUGGUUUCAACUGGUCGGGCGAUCUGAAAGACGCCCAGCGUUCCAUCCCCAUCGGGACCAUCCUCGCCAUCGUCACCACCUCCAUCGUCUACCUGACCAGCGUGGUGCUGUUUGGCGCCUGCAUCGACGGGGUGGCCCUCAGGGACAAGUUUGGAGACUCUGUUAACGGGCAACUGGUGGUGGGGACUCUGGCCUGGCCGAGCCCCUGGGUCAUCGUGAUCGGCUCUUUCUUCUCCACGUGCGGCGCGGGCCUCCAGUCGCUGACCGGCGCCCCCCGACUCCUGCAGGCAAUCGCCAAGGACAACAUCAUCCCCUUCCUUCGGGUGUUUGGCCACGGGAAGGCUAACGGGGAGCCCACCUGGGCCCUGCUGCUGACGGCCCUGAUAGCAGAGCUGGGGAUCCUCAUCGCCUCCCUGGACCUAGUGGCUCCCAUCCUCACAAUGUUCUUCCUGAUGUGUUACCUGUUUGUGAACCUGGCCUGCGGCCUGCAGACUCUCCUGAGGUCUCCCAACUGGAGGCCGCGCUUUUCCUAUUACCACUGGACCUUGUCAUUUUUGGGAAUGACUAUCUGCCUGGCGCUCAUGUUCAUAUCCUCCUGGUACUACGCAAUCGCUGCCAUGGUGAUUGCCGGCAUGAUCUACAAGUACAUUGAGUACCACGGAGCGGAGAAAGAGUGGGGCGAUGGGAUCCGCGGUCUCUCGCUCAGUGCCGCCCGCUAUGCUCUCCUGAGGUUGGAGGAGGGACCGCCGCACACCAAGAACUGGAGACCCCAGGUGUUGGUCCUGCUAAAACUGGACGAGGACGCCCACGUCAAGUCUCCUCGCCUGCUGACCUUCGCCAGCCAGCUGAAGGCGGGAAAAGGCCUCACCAUCGUCGGCACGGUCGUCUCCGGCAACUUCCUGCAGAGCUACGGGGAGGCCCUCGCGGCCGAGCAGACCCUGAAGCACCUGAUGGACAAGGAGCGCGUGAAGGGCUUCUGCCAGUGCAUCGUGGCCCAGAAGCCGCGGGAGGGCAUCAGCCACAUGAUCCAGUCCAGCGGCCUGGGGGGGAUGAAGCCCAACACGGUGGUGAUGGGCUGGCCUCACGCCUGGAGGCAAAGCGAGGACCCGCAGGCCUGGAAGACCUUCAUCAACACGGUGCGCGUGACGACGGCUGCCCACCUGGCCCUGCUGGUGCCCAAAAACAUCUCGCUGUUCCCCAGCAACAGUGAGCCCUGCGCAGAGGGCUACAUCGACGUCUGGUGGAUCGUGCACGACGGGGGGAUGCUCAUGCUGCUGCCCUUCCUGCUGCGCCAGCACAAGGUGUGGCGGAAGUGUGGGAUGCGAAUCUUCACAGUGGCCCAGAUGGAGGACAACUCCAUCCAGAUGAAGAAGGACCUGGCAACCUUCCUCUACCACCUACGCAUUGAAGCCGAGGUGGAAGUGGUUGAGAUGCACGACAGUGACAUCAGCGCGUACACCUACGAAAGGACCCUGAUGAUGGAGCAGAGGUCGCAGAUGCUGCGACAGAUGCGACUGUCUAAGUCGGACCGGGAGAAAGAGGCCCAGCUGGUGAAGGACCGCAACUCCAUGCUGCGGCUGACGAGCAUCGGCUCGGACGACGACGACGACACCGACGGCGCCGAGCGAGACCGGCCGACCAGCGCGGCCGGCGGCGGCGGCGGCAGCGCCGAGCACCACCGGCGCGUUCAGAUGACCUGGACCAAAGAGAAGUCGUCGCAGCACAGAGCCAUGCACUCUGGCUGCUCCACGCCGGAGGGCUUCAGGGACAUGCUCAGCAUGCGGCCGGACCACUCCAACGUCAGGGCGGAAUGAUCACCGGCCGUCAGCUUCAACGAAUCAAUCGUCAGUAAGUCUCACGACGCUUCGGCUUCGUCUUGCUCAACAUUGCCCGGACCGCCGCGCAACACGGAGGGCGAUGAGAACUACAUGGAGUUCCUGGAGGUCCUGACCGAGGGGUUGGAGCGCGUCCUGCUGGUGAGGGGCGGAGGCAGCGAAGUCAUCACAAUCUACUCCUGAUUGGACAAAGCAGAGGACGUCGACGGCGGCGGGGCGGGGCAGAGGGUUCAUAGCCCGACACCUCCUCCUUUUCUUUCUUCACCUUCACACCUUUCUGUCAUGACAAGGGUUUCCGUUCCACCUGCGCCCAGCUACAGGAAAUGCCGACAACAAUUUCCACGAACGGGAGAAAAACAUUUGAGCGCGCGCGUGUGUGUGUGUGUGUGUGUGUGUGUGUGUGUGUGUGUGUGUGUGUGUGUGUGUGUGUGUGUGUGUGUGUGUGUGUGUGUGUGUGUGUGUGUGUGUGUGUGUGUGUGUGUGAAAGGCGGUGUGGUUGGUUGGAGAAGGACCAGUGCUUGUGUUGGUGGAGGCGAUGGUGUGUUAAAUGGCGAGCGUCCCACACGGAGCGCUCAUUCCACUGACGAGACUCAGGACUGCUUUUUGUACGGAAAGUAUUUUGGAAAAGGACGUUAAGUGCACUCGAGAGUUGGCUGAACGCCUGGAUCGUGUGUGUGUGUGUGUGUGUGUGUGUCGUGGUAGUUUUUGUUUUAUGUUUGUUCCUCCUUGAAGACACCUUGAAAGUUAUUGCAAUAUUACUUCUAAAGUAAUGCGGAAGUAAGACCGCAUCAAAGCAAGCGAGCAGCCUUUAGUUUUAAAACUGCUUUCUGGCUCAUUUAAAGAAAAUCGGUUAGUUUCUGUACCUGUUAUGUAUUUAAUUACAUCAAACAUUUUGACUUUUUUUGUUCAAAUUUGUUUAAGUUGCGACCCAACUAGUGUUCAAAUGUUCCUUUUGGUCGAAACUUGCUGCUUUCUAUCAGAAUCUGAUAUUGUACUAAAACAAAUGCUUUUUUGAAGAAAGAAAAAUAUUAUUUUUAUCUUAAAUUUGGCUAGAAUCAAAUAUAUAUAUUUUUUAAUUGAAUUCAAAAUUUAGCAAAAUGAAGGGUGAAAAUUUUGAUUAGAGGAAAAAUGAUUAAUCUAUUAACAAAGAAAUGCAUGUUUUUAACUUGCAAAUCGUUUCAAUGUCUGACAUUUUAGACUUGAGUUAAUAACGACGGUUAUAAGAUAACAAUCAUUUUGUUUUUUAUAAUAGAAAACAAAAAACGGUAAAUACUUGAAUCCAAAAAAUUUUAAUUUUUAAAGUAUAUUUUGUUCCCAUCUUUCUUGAUUUUAAAUGGUCCUCUGCACAUCUGCUACUGCGUAAGCUUAUGAAAGCAAAUACCUUCAGUCAAACACCAGCAGUGUGAUCAGCCAUGAGGUCGGCUGUUCUCUUCAGCUCCACACUAGUGAUGUCAAAAGCUCCCUGGACAACUAAGAACAUAGGCGAGUGAUGAGUAAACUCUCCCCGCGUUGGACUGCCUUCGCGUCGUCGCGUGAGGCGAAGAAAGGAGUGAAGCGGCCCUGUCGACACACUGGACCAUCGUGGAGACGAACGCGGCUCUGCAUGCUGUCAAAGAUGUCCCUGUCCCUUGGGGAGGACACUGUGUGUUCAUUUGGCACAUUGUGGUAUUUCCCAUUCCCUCUGAGGAGAAUGUGGGCUGCUUUGUGUGCCCUGGAACUCUAAAUCUCACCAUUCACCUAAACGAAACCCGCUGACGCGCUGUGUGUGUCUGAAAGUGUAUGUGUGCGCAUGUGAGCUUGUUACAACAGUAAGGAGCUGCAAACUAGAGGUGUUGCUUUUGUUCUUUUUUAUUUUUUACAGUGUUAUUGUGCAGGGAUUAUUUUAUGUUUAUAGUUUUUCCUAACUUUCUUUUUUUUUGCUUGUACAUAAAAACACAAAAGUCCCACGUUUUAUCUUUUUUUAAUUACAUUAAUAUAAAAAAGGAAUCAUAAAAAACUUUGCUUGAAAGAAAUGUGGGGAGAAAUAAAGCAAUUUUGAGAAAAAA